AUGUCAUUCCCACUUCAUGAUCGCAUUCUUCUGGGCGCGCCUGCAGUUGCAAAGCUCAACGACGUCACGGCCCAGAUCAAGGGCCUGAAUAUCGUCACCUUGGCAAUCGCCGGAUCGGUGAUCCUCAUCUUCAUUCUCGAUCGUCUCCUGGUGCCGUCUCAUGAUGUCCGUGAGCCUCCCUUGGCCAGCACCAGUAUCCCGCUCAUCGGGCACAUUAUCGGGUUCGCUCGAAACAGCUUCGUCUACUACAGCAUGCUUACUGAGAAGAUUCGUAAACCCAUCUUCACCAUCCUAAUGCCCGGCCGUCGCAUUUAUGUCAUCACCAAGCCGGACCUUGUGGUGCAGGUGGACAAAAAGCACAAGUACUUCUCUUUCGGACCUGUCGUGCGUGACUUCAGCAGAGACACCUUCGGCCUCGGUAAAGAGGCCACCGAGAUCCUCGCCCAGAACAUGUUUGGCGAGCAUGGCAACUGGGGUCUCUGCGAGGAGAUGGUAUCUGGAAUGCGCGAGGCCCUGAAGCCGGGUGACGACCUGGACAAGAUGAACCGCAUCAUGGCGGAAGAAGUCAGCCGCUCGCUAGACGAGACCAAACCAGAUCCUGGGUCUGAAUUCCGAGUGAUCAAGCUGGGUGAGUGGGUUGCCCACGUGGUGACCCUCGCCACCACCAAAUCCGUCUAUGGCACCCACAACCCUUUCGUAAGAAAAGAUGUGAGGGAUGCUUUUUGGAUCUUCGAGGACCACGUCAUAUCACUGCUCGUUCACCCAUUUCCCCAGUACGCCUGCAAAAAAGCAAUCAAGGCCCGCAAAUUUGUCACGGAUGCACUGGCCGACUACUACAUCAACGGCCAUCAAAAAGAAGGCUCGGCGCUGGCGCGUGCGCGAUUCGACUACUCUGUUAGGAACAACGUCCCUGUGGAAGACAUUGCCCGCUUCGAGCUUGGCGGAACCAUUGCAAUCCUUGUCAACACCCUUCCGUCCUGCUACUGGAUGCUCCUGCUAGUUCAUCUCUAUCCGGAACUCCUCCGAGAGCUCCAGAAAGAAGUGGAUGCUGCCUUGCUGAUCGACGAGGAGAGGGGCCAGAUCACCAUCGACAUCACCUCUGUCAAAAACAACUGCCCUCUGCUUCUCUCGACCUUUAAGGAGAGCCUUCGCUACCGUGGCAUGGGCACUGCCCUGCGCAUCGUCACCAAGGACAUCGAGCUCGGCGGCUACUUGUUAAAGAAGGACUCUAUGGUGCAAAUCCCCCUGCAGGUUAUUCACUCGGACAAGGGCAACUGGGGCGACGAUCCGUUGUCUUUUGACCCCUACCGCUUCGUCAAGGUCCCCGGCAAGAAGCUUCCCGACGACAGCGGCUACCGAAGCUUUGGGGGCGGGAAGCACCUGUGCCCCGGAAGGUUCUUCGCCACCAAUGAGAUCCUCGCCGUCGUCAGUCUCUUCAUCUCCCGCUAUGUGAUGCGACCCAAGGACGGCGGCGACUGGAUCCUUCCCACGACCAAAAACAGCAAUGCCGCCAGACAGAUCUUGCAGCCCGACUUUGACAUGGAAGUGGAGGUGAGAAACAGGCCCGGUUUCGAAAAGUACACUUGGAAGGUAGAGCUUCACAAGUCCGACAAGGUCAUCAGUGUGAUCAACGGGGAUACAAAGAGCGGGUAG